UGUGUGUAAGCGUUUUGUCAAUUUACAGAAAUAACAGGCCGCGAUCAUGGAGACUUUGAACGUAAAGGAGAAUCAAAAAAAGCUCGAUAAGAUAGCUCGAGUAUUUCAAUGGAAUCGGCGCCUCAUGUCGUUCCUCGGCCUCUGGCCCGACAGUCCCAACCUCCUCCUCUUCGUCCUGACCUUCGGCUAUUACUCGUACGACAUGUUCCUCGAGUACAUGGACCUGCUCGUCUACAUCGACCGACCGCAAAACGUCAUGCUGAAUCUCAUGGAGAACAUGGCGUUCACGGAGAUAUUCGUGCGGAUACUCAUGCUGCGCGUCUGGAAUCGUCAGUUCGGCGAGCUGCUGGCCGCGGCCGAGAAGGACUUCGAGGCCAAGAGCUACGACACGGACGAGGAGGUGGCCAAGUUCGUGCCCUUCUACGCCAAAGCCAAAUCGUUCAUGAAGCUGCUGAUAAGCAACACGGCCUUCACCGCCACGUCUUUCUACGUCAAGCCGCUUUUGGGACAGUUGGGCCCGGUUAUGGAUUACUUCGGGGCGAACGGCGAGCCGAACUCGACGCUGAUAUUUCUGCUGCCCUAUCGCUUCUACGUCCUGUACGAGCUCGACGACGCGCCCACGUACUUCUGGACCUACGGCUCGUAUCUGCCCUUCGUCUUCAUCAGCGGCUUCGGCCAGAGCGCGGCCGACUGCCUCAUGGUCACCCUGGUCUAUCAUCUGUCCGGACAGCUGGCCGUGCUGUCGAUGAGGAUCGAAAAGAUCGACGGCGACGCCAAGGAACUGCGUCGUCACGUGGCUCGUCACGCCAAAUUACUCAGGAUGGGUAAAAUCAUAGAAGAGGCCUUCAGUGCUAUCGAGUUCGGUCAUUUGAUCGGAGCCACGUCGCUCGUCUGUCUUCUGGGAUAUCAAAUUUUAGUGUGUCUAUCGAUCGGAGAAUACUCAGUGUUGGUCUCCUUAUUCGCUUUCAUCUUCUUGGUCCUGCUCGUUCUCUACGCCCACUGUACAGUCGGUGAAAGUUUAAUCGCGGAGAGCAAUCGAGUUUGCGAGGCUUACUACAAUUGCAAUUGGAUCGACAUGAGGCCGGAGAACGCAAGACUGCUAAUACUGUGCAUGGCCAGAUCGCAGAAACCCCUGCGCUUGACCGCCGGCAAAUUUACCGAUCUGUGCUACCAAACUUUUACCGACUCAAUCAAAACAUCCAUGGGAUAUUUAUCGGUAUUGAGAGCAGUCAUGUAGUUUUGAGAGUGGAAUUUUCGGAAUUCAAUAAUAAACGUUACAUCACAUCUUGCUAAACGUAUCGUACACUCCCACAGUAAAAACCAGUCAAUGAAUUGAAGAUAAAAAAAUAAAAUUUCAACUAUCAC